AUCCCACUUUUGACUAUCAGCUGAAAAAGAUUAAAAAAACGUAGAUAUGGUUUCUGUUCUUACAUCAUCAGCCCUUUUCAAGACUUUAUUGUUCCUAUCUUUAUGUUCUGUCUGGUUAUUACCUGAUUUAGCACUUGCAAAACAUGCAGGCAUUACCAGGCAUUACAAGUUCAAUAUUAAAAUGCAAAACGUGACAAGGUUGUGUCAAACAAAGAGCAUUGUGACGGUCAAUGGUCAGUUCCCAGGUCCUCGUAUAAUAGCGAGGGAAGGCGACCGGCUUCUCAUCAAAGUGGUCAACCAUGUUCAAUACAAUGUCACUAUUCAUUGGCAUGGAAUCCGGCAAUUACGGAGCGGAUGGGCCGAUGGACCUGCUUAUGUCACACAGUGUCCGAUUCAGACAGGGCAAUCCUAUGUAUACAACUUCACCAUUACAGGCCAAAGAGGGACCUUGUUUUGGCAUGCACAUAUCUCUUGGCUGAGAGCUACUUUGUAUGGACCUAUUGUUAUCCUCCCUAAACGACAUGCAUCUUAUCCGUUUCCUCAACCUUUCAAAGAAUUUCCGAUCGUAUUCGGGGAAUGGUGGAAAGCCGACACUGAAACGAUUAUAAACCAGGCCAUGGCAACCGGAGGGGCACCGAAUAUCUCGGAUGCAUUCACCAUUAAUGGUCUCCCAGGCCCUUCUUACAAUUGCUCAGCUAAAGAAACGUUCAAGCUUAAAGUGAAGCCUGGUAAAACCUAUCUUCUUCGUUUAGUCAAUGCUGCACUCAACGACGAGCUCUUUUUCCGUGUUGCAAACCACACCCUAACCGUCGUAGAAGCCGACGCGGUCUACGUCAAACCAUUCAAGACAGACAUUGUACUCAUUACACCAGGCCAAACCACUAAUGUCCUUCUCAAGGCCAAAUCCAAUACCCCGAACGCCAAAUUCGCUAUGUCAGCUAGGCCUUAUUCCACCGGACCGGCCACUUUCGACAAUACCACGACAAUUGGUAUCUUAGAAUACAAGAAAUCCGCUUCGGCCUCGAGCUCUAACAACAUGAACAUCUCAUUACUAAAAGCAAAACUUCCACAGUUCAAUGAUUCCACUUAUGCUAUGAAAUUCAACCAGAAAAUCCGUAGCCUCGCCACGAGAAAAUUCCCGGUAAAAGUCCCCAAAAAAGUCGAUAGACGGUUUUUCUUCACGGUCGGGUUAGGGAUACUCCCAUGUUCAAAAAACCAAGCAUGUCAAGGUCCUAACAACAUAAGACCAGCAGCUGGAAUUAACAAUGUCUCAUUUGUACAACCAAAUACGGCUCUUCUCCAAGCUCAUUUCUUUAACCGAUCAAAAGGCGUUUACACCACCAAUUUCCCGACCAACCCCCCAUUCAAGUUCAACUACACCGGCACACCACCAAAAAACAUCAUGUUAGACAGUGGAACCAAACUGGUGUCCUUAAAUUACAACACCAGCGUAGAACUGGUAAUGCAGGACACAAGCAUCCUUGGUGCUGAAAGCCACCCUUUACAUCUCCAUGGCUUUAACUUCUUUGUAUUAGCUCAAGGCAUUGGCAACUUUGACCCUAAAAGAGAUCCAGCCAAGUUCAAUCUUGUCGACCCUGCCGAGAGGAACACGGUAGGGGUACCGUCCGGCGGGUGGGUCGCUAUUCGGUUCCUAGCAGACAAUCCAGGGGUUUGGUUCAUGCAUUGCCAUUUGGAAGUACAUACAAGCUGGGGAUUGAAGAUGGCAUGGGUGGUUAAUGAUGGAAAAGGCCCUAAACAGAAACUAAUGCCUCCACCUGCUGAUCUUCCUAAAUGCUGAACCAUUCUUUUUCUUUAGCUUGAAAUUGUUUUAAAUCUCUACUUUUGACUACAUAAUGUAAGAGACAACAAUUCUUCCUUUACAAAUAUAAUUUCAUUUUUCCUUAAA